AUGUCGCUGACGAGGGCCUUAAGAGACAAGGUACGCUCUCUAGAGGCAGCUAAUAGUAAGUUGGAGCUGCAGAUCAAGGAGUUCUACGAGAUGAGAUCACCGACUCACAAGAAGGACCUCAGUGGGUUCCAUACCACCAUCUCAGACAACCUCAACCAGAUCCAAGCCAGGUCUGUGGAGAACUCUCAGAUGAUCCUGCAGGUGGAUAAUGCCAGACAUGCAGCUGAUGUCUUCAAGAUGAAGUUAGAGAUUGAGGGUAACAUGCGUAUGAAGAUAGAAGGGGAUGUGGCUCGUCUGAGAGGAGUCCUGUACAGCUUUACACUCACCAGAGCAGAACUGGAGAUACAGAUUGAGGGGCUGAAGGAGGAGCUGAUCUACCUCAGGAAGAACCACGAGGAGGAGAUGCAGUUGAUGCGGACGCUGCAUUGUGGUGCUGUGAAUGUGGAGAUGGACUGUGCUUCCUCAGUGGACAUGAGCAAGGUGCUGGAGGAGAUGAGGACCCAGUAUGAGGGCAUGAUAACGAAGAACCAGAGAGAUGCUGCCAAGCGGCUUGAGAGCAAGGUGGAGGUGCUUCAGAACCAGAUCACCACCAGCACCACAGAGGUGAAGACCUCUCAGUCUCAGGUGACUGACCUGAAGAGGACCUUCCAGAGCCUGGAGAUUGAACUGCAUGGCCUGCUUACUCAGAAGGGGUACCUGGAGCAGAGCGUCGUUGAUAUAAACGGCCGCCACGGCUCCCAGCUGAGCCAGCUGCAGGUUUUUAUCAACAGCAUGGAGGAGGAGCUGCAGCAGCUCAACGUCAGCAUCCAGCAGCAGGCCUCUGAGUACCAGAUCCUCCUGGACAUCAAGAUGAGGCUGGAGAUGGAGAUCGCUGAGUACAGGAGGCUGCUGGAUGGAGAGGGACUCAGGGCAGCCAAAGUGUUCCCGACUGUGCCCCUCAAAAACCUAGCUGCCAUUCACAUGUAG